AUGGGGGUAACAUCUGCCCACCCCUACUACCCCCUCGGGGCCAAUAUCGUUGGCUAUUCGCCCAACCAAGCCUCCGUUAUCGAGUUACUCGUCACAGCCGGCGGAGGCUGCGCGGCCCUUCUCGGAUUGACUUUUGCCGUGGCCAGUUAUGUGCGACCGACGCUCCGUAUAGCCGAUCGGAUCGCGCUCUUGUGGUUUGUGCUCUCUGGAAUGCUCCACUGUUUCUUCGAAGGCUAUUUCAUGAUCAACCAUGACCAUAUGGCCUCGGCCCAGGACCUGUUCGGUCAGCUGUGGAAGGAGUAUGCCCUAUCCGACUCGCGGUACAUGACCUCGGACACGCUGGUGCUAUGCAUGGAGACAAUCACAGUGCUGUUGUGGGGGCCUCUUUGCUUCGUUGUUGCAUAUCUGACCGCAACCCGGCAUUCCUUGCGCCACCCAAUCCAAUUGAUCGUGUGUAUGAGCCACCUCUAUGGAGACACCCUGUACUAUGCGACCAGUCUCUUUGAUCACUAUGUGAACAACGUGCCCUACAGUCGACCGGAGCCUUACUAUUUCUGGCUGUAUUAUUUCUUCAUGAACUUUAUCUGGAUUGUCGUUCCCUUUUACUACCUGGUUGACAGCAUCGGCACCCUCUCGGCUGCGGUUCGGGCCCAGCAGGAGUCAGGCGCGAGGCACAUCGAUGCCGACCCCUGCGACGCCGACUCCCCCUCCAACUGUGGAGGGAGUGCUAAAUCGAGUCCAACUAAGCCGCUCGAUAUCGGACUACCGCUAGGAAUUCACGACACGAACACGGUUCGUUCGCGAGUGCGCCAAUGGCAGCAACAGGGCGGGGGCGUUAUCACGAUCAAUGAUGGUACAUACGACGAUGACGACGAAGAAAACCGACCGAAACCAAAGCCCAAGGUGACCAAGUUAAAGUUGGAACGUUUGGAGAAGUCAGAGAAGGAGAAGGAGAGAGAAAAGGAAAAGCCCCCCGCCGUUCGAAAACGCAGUCACAGUACCCCUCGAAAGCGAGUAAUCAGUGACGAGCAUUGGAGGAAAAAUCGAUCUACAACGCAAACGCCUUCGCGCAACUUGGCCGCCCCGAGGCGCAUUAAUGAAUACACGACCAAUGGAGACACCGGGUCGCCACGAGCCAAACGAGACAGCAGGAAAGAUGUUCUGGACAAGAGUCGAGAACCUCCCAAGUUCAAAGCAUAUCGAAUCCAUGAAACCUCUCAGUCGCCAACUCGGGAAUGGAAGCCAUCUGUGCAAAAGGACACCGAGUCUGUCGCCGACAGCGAUUUGGACACCGACCUUCCCCCACAGUAUACGAUAGCGUCAGAGAUACCGGAACACCAAAGGAGGAUCUCGCCUCCUCCCGACGACAUGGAUUGGGCGAAGAGCGAGGCUGAUUUCUCGGAGCUGUCUCGAAGACGGGCUCGGGGACCUCAAAAACCGCCAAAGGGUGGUAUCUUCGCCCACAUGCUGGACGAAUCUCGAAAAAUGUUCAAGCUUCCGGAGCCCGAACCACCAAGGCCAACUCCACCACCCGCCGGCAACCGGGGUGCAAAGAUUGAAGCAUGGCUAUCUGAAACUCCGGAUCCCUUCGUGGACAGUGGCAAUUCCAAGAGUGAUAUGCCUGGUCCGCUGGACAUUAAAUCAGCCCGUGCGAGACGGUCCCAGCGCAUAGUGGACGAAAUCGCAGCGAGUAGUGCUAUGUCAGAACUAUCUCAGGAGAGCGAGCCUCGUCCCAAGAGUAGCGGCUCUCGACCCAAGAGUUCACACAGUCGACAGUCCAAGGAACAGGACGACGCUUCAUCAUCAGAAAAGGCUCACAAGAUCCCAGAAAACGACACAGAUAAGGGUGAAAAGCCACUUGCCCUGAGAAUCCGCCGUGAUAAAGAGAAACUUGGUGACAAACCAUAUGAGGACAGUCUGGCGCCUUCCGAAUCGGACUUCCAGCCAUUCUCAGACGGUGGCUCUGAAGUCUCUGGGAAUAAUGCGCCCGUUCCCCUUGGCCGUAAGAAGCCUUUCCCAAGCACUGGCUACCAUCGACUAUCAACCAUUGCAUCGGUAGAAACCCUGAGCACCUUACCAGAAGGGUCCACUAUUUCCGAAAAACCUGUGACCAAGCAGGCUACCCCUGAAACCGUGGAAGAGGCGGAAGAAGCAGCUGAAGAGAAGGAUCAGUUUGACCCUGACUCUCUGCCAGUGGUUGCAUCACAGCUCCAGCGUCGCCUGACCACGCACAAGGACCUCAUGUCUGUGUUAUCGGGUCCAGUCUCACGAAGUGGCAGUACUCGGUCCCGAAGGAGCAUCCGCUCCAACAAGAGUCGUCUGGCCAAUGCGACCAUUCCCGAUCUCUUGGCUGAGCUCACCGCUGAUGAAGCCACGUACAUGCGUGAGCUCAAGACUCUCGUUGGGGGAGUAAUCCCCGUCUUGCUCACAUGCGUUCUCUCGCGAUCCGACUCGGCCAUUGCCGCAGGUUUAUUUCGACCCUCGCUCGAUCCAAAGGACGACCUCAACUUCUCCAAGCCUAUUGUCAAUAUGGGUGUCGCUAUAGAGCGCCUGAAGACGUUACAUAAACGAAUCCCGCAAGAUGAUGCUGACGCCUUGCUCACAUGGGCUCAGGGUGCGCAAAGAGUAUAUCGCGAAUACCUCAAGGCUUGGAGGUUGGGCUUCAAGGAUGUAAUUGUGAACUUGGCUCCAUUGGAGGAAGGCGAGGAUACUGGCAAUGCCGAGACGAAAAGCUUAGACGAAGGCCUGGAGCGAGAUGAACAUGGCGAUGUCAUCGGCUCCGACGGAGAGAAGGUCGAUGUGGCAUAUCUGCUGAAGCGACCCCUAGUCCGCCUGAAAUACCUUGCGAAGAGUUUCAAGGGAAUCAACCAUCUGCAACCAUCUGCCAAGGCCGAGGAGAUCGCUACAGCCUAUGCUUCCCUGGUGGCGGACGCCCGCAAGCGAGCACGAGAUGAAAGAGCAAGACUCGAGGAUGAGUCUGCCGCUAGCAUCGAUCCCACUCGUGCGCGAGAUCCAAUGACUUUGGGGCUGUCGAGCAAUGUUGUUGUCGACCAGACUCGUCGCGUGCGGGCCCGCGACUUUUUCAAUCUCUCUCUCUACCACUCCAGUGGUCAAUUGGUUGACUGCAGAGCCGAACUCCUCUACCGAGACAACACAUCGAGCAAUGGUCCCGGGGGUGAUUUGCUGAUCUGUGAAAUCGAUCACUCGGACCGGUGGCUGCUAUUCCCGCCCAUGGAUCUGCGGUGCGUCUCUGCCCGCACGGGCGAGAACAAGGGUGAGAUUGUUGUAAUGCUACGCAAUGCUCCUGGAGAGAAGAAGUACUGGCAAGAGCUUAUUUCGCUUCAUAUUGACGAAGUUGAAAUUGGUCUGGAAUGGGUGCAAUUACUGGGUCAAGAACCCGUUCCUCCUGCACUUUGCAGAAGCCAGAGCUUCAUCAGUCGAGCCAAGCAGCACAAGGCUCGCAAGCCCAAUACCAGUGACUCUCCACCAAGGGCGCACCCGAGCGAUGUGGACAUCCCCAUUGGAGAGAAAGCCACUUCCAAACGACGCUCUCUUACACCCAAAGAGCAUUACUCCGAGCCGAGUACUGUCAGUUCCUCUGUCACAGAGAAUCGAAACUCUAUCGUAUCCACAGCUACUCGGGAGACAGAGUAUACCACCGGUGGCUCCGAAGUAUCUGCCAAACAAGCUGCCCGUCCUGGUUUGCCGCUCUUGCCAUCUACGGUCAGCCCUGAGAAGUCCCCCGGUGGUCUGAAGCGGUCCAAGGCAAAGAGACAUUCUCGUCACGCAGAUAGCCCGGCUUCCGAGACUGCCUCUCCCAAGACUGUUAUCUCAGACCAUGCUAAAGAGGUCGCCCCGCCGAAGGAGAAGUCUCCCAAGAAGGCACCUCAAACACCGCGCCAAAAGGAGUCUCCAGAGAGGGAGUCCGCUCGAGUAUCCUCAACUCCGUCUCCUUAUCUACCUAUGAUUCCAAAGAUCCGCAGUACCAGCAGCCAGACUCACCUGUCUUCUCCAUCCACCAUCGAGCCUGAGCAAGAAGAAGACUACCCACCACUGGAAUCUCUACCUGACCAAGAGCCCCUGGAAACUCCUACAAAAUCUGGCAGGAGAAAGUCCAGACGAAAGUCCAAGCACGAGGAUGCUCCUCCCCCACCGCCACCUCAUCGUUCACCGAGUUCCUCUGCGAAUAACCUGUCCAACAGCCCUGUGCUCACCCCAUCGGGUGUUCGACUCAAGCGCCGGGGUUCUUCGCCACUGAAGCAUGAAUACGAACCUUCGACUGCUUCAGACUACUCGGAGACCGACUCCGAUGCAUCAACCGUGCGACACUACGCUUACUCCUCGUCUGAAUACUCGCGUUCUGUGACUGAUUUGGACUCUUGCUCGUCGGCAUCAGAGGAUGAGGAAGACGUGACUGAAGUUCGUAAGCCGAAAGGCUUCCAGUCAACUACAUCUGAUGCAAGCUCUUUGUCUCCUUCCAACUCUGCGUCUCAGGGUGGCUAUCGUACUGUGCCACUGCAACCUACCAAGUCGACGAAGGCGGUUGCAUCCAUCUUUGCUUGGUCUGACAAGGGUAGCUGGGAUAGUCUAGUCCCCGAUGAAUGCACGAUUAUUGUCAGCCCCGGCUUGAUCGAGGCGUUCAAAAUGAGAUCUGAAUCGAACUCGUCUUCGAGACCUCUCGUCUCCAUGGAACUCACACCACUGGUUCCAAUUCGCCGAGGCACCGCGAUUGACAUCAGCAUCCGCUCGCCUCCUACCGACCGAUCCAAGAUCACAUCGAGCAACAAUAUUAUGUUCCGCUCUCGCAGUCCUGAUGAAUGUGACGCUCUCUACAGUCUCAUCAACCAAGCCCGAAUCAACAAUCCGACCUACAUCGCUCUUCAAAAUGCCCGCGGACCUGUCUAUGACAACCAUAUGCCCACCUUCGAGCAACCAGCCGACAAAUCAGGAAACAGCUGGUUCGGCUUCCCUCGUCGGAGAAAGAGCUACCGCGCCUCUGACUCGCCGCGCUCGCUAGCUGAAGGCUCUGAGAGCAGUGUGGGUACAAUGAGCAGCGCCUUUUCUGCGCUGAAGCGCUUUGGCGGCGGUAGUAAAAUGUUCAAUAUCUCUCGCUCGACAGUGACAUCUCGCAGUGGCCACGAAGGCAGCAUGUACUCCGGCUCGGGAGGCUCGUCCGACCCCUCCCCCUCAUCGGGUAUUGGCCGUAUUGCCGCCGCAAUCAAGGGCGCCGACGGAAUCGGUCUCUCCAAUGCUAAGAUUCGCCUGUACCUCCGCGAGUCUGCGUCCAAGUGGCGCGACAUGGGUGCUGCCCGGUUGACAAUUAUGCCCGCGCCACCGAAGAACCCACCUUCUCGCCCCGGCACCGCCGUCAGCGCUCGUAGCGAAGGCAGUCGGGACGACAGUUCUUCACCACCCAGUUCGGGUGCAGCCACCCCACGCCGGGACGUGGAGCCCGAGAAACGCAUCAUCAUCCGAGGCAAAACACGAGGCGAGGUCUUGCUGGACGUGUGUCUUCCUGAAAGUUCAUUCGAGCGGGUUGCUCGCACUGGUAUUGCCGUCUCCGUGCAUGAGGAGAAUGAAGGCGGCGUCAUUGCCAAGCAAGGUGGUGUAGGCACGAGCACUCAGCGCAUUUACAUGAUUCAGUUGAAGUCUGAAGCCGAAGCUGCUUAUACCUUUGGGCUUGUUGGUAAAUUGCGGUAUUAG